CAUCCUUUUGUUCCUCUGCUGCAUCUUCUGAUUUUUUCUCAGUUUAAUUAUUCGUCCGAAAAAUUCCGCUUCGUUCCACGCAACCGUGCCUCUGCCCCCUUCCCCUUCGGUCUGUCUCGUCUUCUUCCUCCGUCUCCCUUCUUCUUCGAUCAAAUCCGAUUCAGUUUCUUGCUUCGAUCCCCCUCGAAUCCAGCCUCAGUCCCCCUUUUGUCUGCCGUGUUUUUGAUUGAUUUGGACUUGCCUUUUUGCCGGUGAUCUUCGAGGGGGUUUUCGGCUCUUGGGCAUUCGCUAGAAUCUCAGCUGAAACCGACCUCUGGGUUCGUCGACUUCGAUUGACUGGGAAAGGACUAGUCUUUUGUGGGUUCACAGGAUGUGAUUGUGUUCGAGGGUCCUGCUGUUGGAGGAUAUUGUGAUUUCUUGUUCCAUCAAAUUUCUAUUGCAUGUUGGCCAAGACCCUUAUCUCAACCAUCUGAUUCGUUUGGGGAAUGGAUUGGCUGUGUUUGCCUACUGGUAGUGCUUGUUAAUAAUGUUCGGUAGUCGAAAGGGCGGAAAUGCUCUGGGCAGAUUUAAAUUGAAGUGGCAGCGUGAAUCUUCUCUUACUACAGGCUUGCUUGAGGAUGUGCCUCCUGAGAUUGAAUUGUCUGAAUAUGGAAGAGUGCCGAGUCCUGGCAGUGAGAGUCCAUCAGCCCUUUUGAAUGGAGAAAGUCGGAAUUUGGAACCAAUUACUGAUUUAGACCUGUUUUUCGAGAGACUUUACAGUUACUACUGUGAAAAAGGCCUCUGGUGCAUCAUCAUAAAAUGGAUAGUUGAGCUCUUGAGCUUGGGCUUUACGAUAUGUUUCUCAGGAUUUUUCCUAUUAUUUGUCGAUUGGAAUGGACUUCGGAAUGCCAAGUGUGGGAUGGAUGCUGUGGAAUCCGGAAUUAAGCCCUGUGAUCUAGCUAAGGAAGCUCUGCACGAACACCCGUUAACUCCAUUAACGGUUUCUAAAGCUGUAAUUGUUGGAUAUCUAGGAAUAUUUUCCAUCUAUUGGAUUUUCUGCUUUUUACGGUUUUUUGCUCAACUUAAAGACAUCCUUGCGACCCGCCAUUUCUAUUAUGACAGCCUUCAUGUCACGGACAAUGAACUUCAGACCAUCCCUUGGGCAACUAUUCUUGAGAAAGUUGUCCAGUUGCAGAAUUCUCAACAACUGUGCAUUGUUAAGUAUCUUUCUGCUCAUGACAUCGUGAUGCGACUAAUGCGGAAGGAGAACUACUUGAUUGGAAUGCUCAAUAAAGGAGUCCUUUCUUUCCCAAUCUCUAUGUGGGUUCCGGGUGCAGGUCCGGUUGUCAAAAUAGGCACGGGCCUUGUACAACAUCGUCUUAUCCUCACUAAGACCCUUGAAUGGACCUUGAAUUGGUGUAUUCUCCAGAGCAUGUUCGACAGAAACUUUUGUGUUAAAAGGGACUUUAUCUCUGCCCCUACGACACUAAAGAGGAGGCUGAUGCUAGUUGGGCUUGUGAUGCUCCUUCUUUCUCCUUUCCUUGUCAUAUUCAUGCUGGUCUACCUCUUUCUGAGGCACGCUGAGCAGUUCUACAAUCAUCCAAGCACGGCAUCAUCACGGAGAUGGUCAAAUUUGUCUAAAUGGAUUUUUAGGGAGUACAAUGAGGUUGACCAUUUGUUCAAGCAUCGGAUAAAUAGCAGCAUAAUACAUGCUUCUGAUUAUCUAAGACAAUUCCCAUGUCCUAUAAUUUCGAUCAUCGCAAAAUUUAUUUCCUUUGUGUCUGGUGGAUUUGCUGCUGUUCUCCUGAUAAUUGCAUUUCUUGAAGAGUCUCUGCUGGAGGGCCAUAUAUUUGGACGCAAUUUAUUAUGGUAUGCUGCUGUUUUUGGCACAAUUACUGCUAUUAGCCGUGCUGCAAUUGCAGAUGAGCUUCUGGUUCUUGAUCCAGAGGGAACGAUGGCUAUGGUGGUCCAGCAUACUCAUUACAUGCCAAAAAGAUGGCGUGGAAAAGAAAAUACCGAGGUAGUUAGGUUAGAGUUUGCAACCCUUUUCCAGUAUACUGGAAUGAUGUUACUGGAAGAGAUGGCUUCGAUAUUCCUAACUCCAUAUUUACUUCUGUUCAUUGUCCCAAAGCGCGUGGAUGACAUCUUGCAGUUUAUUGCUGAUUUCACAGUUCAUGUUGAAGGUGUUGGUCACGUUUGCAGUUUUAGUGUGUUUGAUUUUCAAAACCAUGGAAAUACCAAUUAUGGCUCGCCAGACAACGCGCCUCGCACUAAGAGGAGCUCUCAGGGUAAAAUGGAGAAAUCAUUUUUGAGCUUCCAAAGCAGCUAUCCUUCGUGGGAGCCUGAUACCAAGGGGAAGCAGUUCAUUUCGAAUCUCAGAACCUUCAGGGACCGGAUGUGGCGAGGAGAGGAGGCCCGACAUGCUAAUUCGCCUAACCGGACGUGGCGAGCGAACCCCUAUGUCGGAAUACAUGGAGGAGACAGGAACAGCUUUGUCUCCAGGGAAAUGCCGUACGCAUUGACAGGUUAUGGCUUCAAUUUGGGCUGUCACUGGUUGAUUGACGAAGACCAGAGGAACCAUCCAUAUAUUCUUGAUUGCUAUUACAUCCUCCAUCGGUGCAGCACAAGCUUUGCCGGGUUUGGCGAAGAUGGCCCUGCAGUCACUUCUGAGGUGCGCUUGCAGAUGCCUGGAGAUAUCUGGGCCCCGUUUAGCUUCGGGCGGCAUGAGGGUAGACAGGAACACAGCUGGGAGCAUCAUGAUUACGGAGGCCGAUCAAAUUCCCAUCUCGGGGCGUCCACCUCCACUCCUCUAUUUCGAGAAAGCGUGUUUAAUCCUCAUGACUCUGGAAACAACUCAGGGCCCAACGUUAGGAGUCACUGGUGGGCCAGAAGUGGCCCACACGAUACUCAGGUUCAGGCGAGUUUUAUAGAUCCUCCCGAUUUCCACCGUUAUGUGCAUGACAAUCAUCAGGAUGGUUACUCAGACCGAAGUUUGGAUCUGGAGGAAGGCUUGGACUGGAGGAUACCUCGUAGGUUGGACCGCACGACUUACGGGGAUGACUUCGAGGAAGCAGGAGAUGUCAGUCUUCAUUUUGAUGACAUUUAUAGCAGACCUCCCGAUACUCCACCGGGGAACUUAGAGCGGACGAGUUUUAUGUGAAGCUUUUCCAUACCCGGUGGGGGUAGUUAUUCAACUGUGAAUAGAUGUGGGUUUCCACAAUGUAUUGACAUUUACUUCGACGGCAGGAGUCUUCUAUUCUUUGCUGUACAUACCAUUCUGAAUUUCCUCCACUUGAUUUUAGGAGAAGGUGGAUGACUGUCCGAGGAGAAGGGAAAACCCAUAUCAGUUGACCGUAUGAAUAUUUGAUAGCUA